AUGGUAGAAGACGAACCACCAGCUCCUGCGGCACGCUUAUAUACGGGUUAUUUGAUUUAUAACGCACUUAUUCCAACUCCAACUUUGGACCCCAACCACUCCAUUUCGCAACAUUCUCGCACCUCGUCGUGUCCUAAUUACCCUACCGACAGGUGGCACAGCGAAUUAAAAAAAAGAUAUAGUCAGAAAUUCGUCUUCGUUCUGUUUUGUUCCUCGUUCCAAAUGUCGCUCCAGUCAGAGUCUCCGUCCUACGAACAGGUGCCACUGGACGUGCCAGGACCUGGGUUCAGUAACCGCCACACGUCGAUCUCGUCGAUGUCGUCGGCCUCGGGUUAUACCUCGUCCACGUAUGGGGGGAAUGUUUCCAUCCAAGCCAUGAAUGCCAACACCACUGGAAAUUCUGUUCUUUCGGGCCGCGUUUCGCAAAGCAGACACUUUGCGCAACACAACACGUUCAAUCCGAACCUCUUGCCCCAACAGACAAACACCAUGAUGAAUGUCACGCCGUGGAUAGAACAACAAGCCCAGGUGGCUCCAAAUAUCAACAUUUCGAGUCUCAACAUGACGUCGCUGUCCAACGAGCAGCCUCAUGCCACAAACCUGAGUGCCUUGACCACCAAGAACGGUAGCAGUCCCACCGCCAACGAGAAACUCGACGACAACCAGCAAUCGACCGCUCCUGCCUCUCCUCAUCAGUCUCAUCAAACCUCGGAAACUGAGAAAGAUGAAGACGACGUGAUUCCAACGGCUAUUGUGAUCAAGAACAUUCCUUUUGCUAUCAAAAAAGAACAGUUGCUCGACGUGAUGUCCAAGUUGAGCUUACCGUUACCUUAUGCCUUUAAUUACCACUUUGACAACGGUGUCUUCCGCGGAUUGGCGUUUGCAAACUUCAACUCGACUGACGAGACCUCCACCGUCGUGAACGUUCUGAACGGCAGGGAGAUUGGCGGCAGAAAGUUGAGAGUCGAAUACAAGAAAAUGUUGCCGAUGGUGGAGAGAGAGCGCAUCGAGCGAGAAAAAAGAGAAAAGCGCGGCCAGCUGGAAGAACAACACCGUUCUGCAAGUGCCACAUCUCUUGCAUCUCUGUACAGCAUCAGCUCGAUUCCGAACUCCACCACCACUCCGGUGCAAGCCAACAUUUCUCUUUUGAACAAUACUACAAACUCACACAAACUCAUGCCCGACAGACUUUACGUGACCCUGAGUACCCAGCCACUGGCCCUUCCAGGCAACGUGGACUUUAAUGACCCAGAAACUUUAGAAAUUUAUUCCAAGCUUAUCGUUUUCAAGGACGAGAUCAAAAACCCAAACCUGACCACCCCGACCUCCGAGCUGGCUUUCCCGUUGACUUCUAUGAACGGUAACCAACGCAAGACGUUAUCGAGUCUGUGUCAGUUCUUGAACUUGGCCGAGUAUUUCGAAACCGGGUUCAUCACGGUGAAAAGACAGGAGGUUGGAGCCCAAGGAACCGGAGGAACGUCCAUCGCAGGCAUGGCAGGUACCCCUGUUUCAGGGAACAACCAGUCUGCGGUCUCGUCGACCCAGCCUGCGUUCCCUCCAUCGUUGAUCCGGUCUCACUCGCACAAUUUGGUGAGCUCGUCUUCCCCGCUGUCGGUGAACGCUGGCAGAUACAGACAACAGUCGCCUCGUAUCAUGACCCAGUCGACCCAGUCAAACAGCUUUGGACAGCCUCAGCCACUUCAGAGCGCAAACUCAUCUCCAAACAUUUUCCAGCUACAGCAGCAGUCUUCAUCGAAUAUACACCACUCAUCUUCUGCCGCCUCUCUGAACUUGCUCCGCGCGAACGGUCAGACUCCACUUGGCCAACAGCUCAGUGGUGGCACUUCCGGCGCCCGUGCGAGCGGGCUCCCCUCUCUUGGAGGAAACGCUGCCUUCUUUGGCCAAUCUCAGUUCCAGACUUCCAGACCUACUGGUAAGAACGAGUCUCUCGAGAAGGACCACCGGGCCAAGUCCCAAUGGACGUUCAGAAACGUCGAGGCGGUGCUGGGUCCCUUGGUUAUCACCGCCAUUGGAACGUACCUUCGACUCGAAGGCUUAGAAAAGAAUCCCAACGUUGUCUGGGACGAGGCCCAUUUCGGCAAGUUUGGCGCCCAAUACCUGAAACAUGAGUUCUAUCAUGACGUUCACCCUCCACUAGGAAAGAUGUUGUGUGGAUUGAGCGAGUAUCUGGCUGGUUAUAACGGAUCUGCCGAGAACUUCAAUUUCGAUAGCGGAAGCAAAUACCCUGCACAAUUCGACUAUGCCCACGUUAGAUGGUACAUUUCGUGGUUCGGUAGUCUUGUUGUACCUGUUUGUUAUUUCACGUGCAAAGAAAUGGGGUAUUCGCUUUGGACAACCUACUUGAUCUCGUUGAUGUGCUGUUUGGAGUUAUCGUACAUUUCGCUUAGCAAGUUCAUUUUGCUGGACUCGUCGCUGAUAUUCUUCACGGCGACGACGAUGCUGUGUCUUGCGAAGCUGCACACGCUCAGAAAUAGAGAAUUUAGCGUCAAAUGGAUCAGCUGGUUAUGUCUGACGGGUGUUUCGAUUGGAUGUGUCUGUUCUGUUAAAUGGGUUGGAUUAUUCGCCACUGCCCUGGUCGGGUUAUACACGGUAUUGGAGUUAUGGAUCAAGUUCUGGGACCCAAAGCUCAAUUGGCACAGGUAUGCGAAAAGCUGGGUUUACCGGGUCGUGGGAUUGAUCGCGUUGCCAGCCUUGAUCUACAUGAUUUUCUUCAAGAUCCAUUUCGGUCUCCUGUACAAACCAGGAACCGGCGCCGGUUCGUUAUCGUCGUUAUACCAGGCCAACAUGGUGGACACUGAUGUUGGCAACUAUCCAAGAAACAUCGCGAUUGGGUCGAAAGUGACCAUCCGGUCGCAGGGGAAAUCGCCCAACCUGCUCCACUCGCACCCCUCGUUGUACCCUGCGGGCUCUGAACAGCACCAGGUGACCACUUACGGGUUCAAGGAUCUGAACAAUAACUUUGUGGUGAAAAAAGCAAGAACCCAAGACAGCUACGGCAAGUAUAUUCAGGACGGCGAUCUUAUCAGACUGCAACACGAGCUCACCAAAAGCAACCUCCACUCGCAUGCCAUCCAUGCCCACGUUUCCGAGUCGUACUGGGAAGUGAGUGGCUACGGAGACGAGGAGAUCGGCGACUCUAAAGAUGACUGGGUCAUGGAGAUCGUCAGCCAGCUACACUCUGGCGACUCUAAAUACGCAGCCACAGAAAAGGGCCCCGAGUUCUACAACACGGUCCAUCCCGUCACCACAACCUUCAAGCUCCGGCAUAGCGUGCUGGGCUGCUACCUUGCAACCACCGGCGAGUCGUACCCGACAUGGGGCUUCAAGCAGGGAGAGGUGGUGUGCAGACCAGACACGCUGCUACCAUUUGACAAAUCAACGUUGUGGAACGUUGAAAUGCACGAAAACGAUAACCUCCACACAGACCUGGACUACGUGUACCCCAAGCCGCGGUUUCUGGAGGACUUCUUCAUGGUGCAGCACGGAAUGCUGGCGUCCAAUAACGCGCUCGUGCCGGACCCGCAUAAGUUCGACGAAAUCGCGUCCAAAUGGUGGCAAUGGCCGCUGCUCCUGACCGGUUUGCGCAUGUGCUCCUGGGGGCCACACGUGACCAAGUACUAUCUGUUGAGCCAUCCGUUCACCACCUGGUUCUCUACACUGUGUCUGGGUGUGUUUGUUCUGCUUAUUUUGCGGUUAAUGGUGCUGUGGCAGCGGCAGCAACUGGUUGUCACUGCUGACCAGAGCUGGAAACUGGCCAUCACAGGACUCGUGCCGUUUGCCGGCUGGGUGCUCCAUUUCUUCCCGUUCGUGGUUAUGGGACGAGUCACCUACGUUCAUCACUACAUGCCGGCAUUAUACUUUGCCAUGUACGUUGCCGGCUUUGUGGUUGAGUACCUUACUCCACGCGGGAAAUGGCAGUACGCGGUGUACGGUGCUCUUUAUGGCGGGUUGCUCUCGCGUGAAGGACCACUGGCCUAUGUCUGGCUGGCGGCUAACCUCGAGAAGAAACUGACAAAGCACCAGUUGUUGCACACAGACAUUGCCGAAAGCACACGGGCCAUUGUUUCCUCCUCGAAUGCCACCGCUUCAACAGAACCGCUUGCUUUGCGGUUGACGGGCCAGUUGCUGUACGGAGUGGUCCGGAUCUACUCGCGGAAGGCGAAGUACCUUCUUGACGACGUUACGGACGCGAUUUUGAAGCUCAAGUCGUCGUUCAAGGCGUCGCAGUCGGUGAUCUUGCCGGCAGAGUCGACGGUUAUACCGUCCAUUCGCGCAGUCACAUUGCAGGACACCGUCACCGAGACCGACCUGCUUUACCAAGAGCCAUUGAACUUUGACGAUAUCUUCAGCACGCAGAAAGCCUCGCAGCUGACACAGCUGCCCGAGGAGUCCACCACUUUUGACCGCUCGGUCGAGGUUCCACGUCGGGCAGAGGUGGACGAGCUGGACGGAGUUCAGGACGACCUCGACUUGAACCUGGACUUCGACCUGGGCGACGCAAUGGACGUCGACAAAGACGCCUCGAUCGAGCUUGGAAGGGCCGCCGACGACGACGCAAACAUGUCGCGGAUCAUGGACGAUGUUCCGGACUUUGAGUUGCCCGAGUUCGAGGAGCCGGUGCUGGAGAUCGACGCAGAAAACGAGCCGGCCACGCCAGAGAACGGCCAGCAGCUCGGACCAGAGGUGCAGGUCGAGGUGAUCGGCGACAAGCGCAAGAGACGCGAGCUUGUGUUUGAAAACACGGACGUUGUGCGCACGUCGCGCAAACGGGUGGUUUUCGACGACCAGAUCGAGAUCCCGGGAGAUAUUAUCCGGGAGCAGCAGGCAAACUAUCCACCGGCACCAGAAGGGUCUACGGAGCAGCAGUUGACCAUCGAGACACUCAUCAAGCAGGCCAAACCAGCCAGCUCGCCGUUCGCAGACUUCGAACAGCAUCUGUUCAAGAAAAGAAAGACUGAACAGUCGCCAGACGACCAGCAAGCACAGCCAGACCAGCCAGACGACAACAACAACGAGCUGAGUCUCCAGCUGCCGUCAUUCGACGCCGACGUCCAGAAUUACGCCCAGUUCGACGACCAGGAUCAGCAGGAGUUCCAGGAACCCGUGAAGGACCUGCUUCCGGAGUUGGACGAGGAACUGGAGUCUUUCCAGACGAACAACCUGACCGAGUCGCAGACGGUGUCGAAGUCCACGGUGAAGGUUGCAGACGGAGUGCGUUCGCUGCUGGAAUCGUCAGAAUCCACCACUUUCUCGGACCUCAUGGCCCAGGACAUGGACUCGGACGAGCCGCUCUCGAGAAACCCAAAGAGAGAGGCCACUAGAACCUUUUUUGAGCUGCUCGUGCUGGCUACAAGCGACUCGAUCGAGUUGAACCAAGAUAGACUUUUUGGAGAAAUCGCGGACGCAGCUGUGAGUUUGGAGUUGAAGUCGAUGCAGACCACGGGCAACGGGGCUCCUGUCUCAAACAGCAGCUGGAUGUUUGACGCGUCGUUCAACGAGCCCAGCUCAAACUUGUACACUUUUCCAGACGAGAGUCCAACCAGCAGAUGGUUCUGUUUGAUGGCGCUUGCUGUGAUGAGAAACUUGCCCGGCAGGGCAAGCAUCGACUGCGAAACAAGGUUCACGAGCGAUUUGGAGUGCACGAGCACCACGCCGUCCGCAGAAACGCUCACGAUCGAGUUGGACGUCUCCAAAAUCGAGACAAUUGGGUAUUUUGCCGAGGUCGUCGUCGACGUGACGGGAUACUUGGUUGCUGAGUCAAACGUGUACAGAUAG